AUGUCACGUUUCGCAGACCUCGCGGUCACUCCGCCAGAUGCCGCCUUCGCCCUCGUGGAGGCCUACGCUGUGGAUACAUGCUGUGAGAAGGUCGACCUUUGUCCUGGAUUCUACCGAGACGAGCAGGCAAUGCCGUGGAUCCUGCCGUCCGUAGCAGAGCAGCUCUUAUAUGAGGAUCCAACCAUCAAUCAUGAGCACCUGCUGCUUGUGGGCCAUCCUGGACUGGUAUCCGGGGCACAAAAGCUCGUUUUUGGUGUUGAGGCCAGCGACAUCGCCCGAAUUGCCUCAAUUUAA